AUGUUUUCCUUCCGACGCAGGUCGAGCAAGAAGGCCCAGGACGCUUCCCAGAUCCGCACUUCUCCUUCGCUUCCCGAGCUAAACAGCGAAGGUAUCCCAUGGCCCAAAAACCUCGUGGACGUGGCUUCAAUUCGGCAGACACCACCUCCCGAUCAUCCACAACAAGGUGCGGUCAAAACAUCUUUCCAGGGAGUCGAUAGCAGUUCCACAAUUCCAUUCCAUAAACCGUUUCGCGGGUCUCCAGGAAAACCACACGAUGGGCCCAUAUUCUCUUUGUACAUGUCCAAUCCACCCUCGGCCUUUGACAGGCACAAGAAUGAGCAUGCUUCCAUAUCUGGUCGUUACAGCCAGAAGAGAGCUCGUGUACCACCUACGUUCAAUCUCAUGGUUGCCGGAGCCAGAGGCACGGGCAAGACGUCGUUGUUACGCCUGCUGUUGGAAACUGCAGACGUAUCACCAACCGCGACAGUUGAUCAACGCGCCGCUGCCGACCGUUUCCUUCGUGGGACCACAAAGCCGACAUCGUCCAUCCAGACUGCCUGCGUGGAAAUAUGUGAAUCCAAGUUCGACCGCAUUCUCCUUACUGUCAUCGACACACCUGGCUUGGAAUUUGGAGAGGGACGCGAGUUGAAGUUGGAAAGGCAGGUGAACGGGGUUAUGAAAUAUAUUGACGCGCAGUAUGCGGAUACCAUGAGCGAAGAGUCUAAGGUUGUACGUCAAAGUAAAGGCGAUCAACACAUUCAUUUGUGUAUAUACAUGAUAGACCCAACGUCUGUCAUGACUGACGCUGCUCGUCGUGCCUCCGCCUCUCUCCCAACGCGCUCUCGCUCAGAAGCUACCGUUUCAAACCAUCUUCCAGACUUGAUCCCGGACGUCUCAGGCGAAUCUGACGACGAUGACACUGACGCAGCAUUGACUAUGUCUCCUGCUGAAAUUCGCGUCAUUCGCAGGAUUUCUGCCCGCUGCAACGUUAUACCAAUAAUUGCCCACGCAGACUCCUUGACUGACGACAAGCUUGCUGCAGUCAAAGAAGCCGUCCGACAAGGCUUACGUGGUGCGGGCCUCGACUUCGGAGUCUUCGCCCCUGCCACCCCUUCGACAACUUCACCCUCGGACACCCCCAAACGGCAAACCCGUUUUACCGAUUCCAACGGGGCCAACCCACCUACUAAUGGGGACGCGCACGCAAGUGAGGAAGAGGACGAAGAAGAGCGAAAUUCGCGACCAGUAGUCAGAUUACGUCCCAGUAAACACCGCGCCUUGUCACGUUCGCGAUCCCGCCGCGACCUCUCUGAAGCUGCAUUGGAUGUCACUCGACCUAUACUUCCAGACAUCGAAACAGACAGUGUGGCCAAUGUUCGCUUCUCUGCUCAUGUCGUUGCGCGAACCGACUUUUCGGAUAUGAUGCCAUUUGCUGUCAUCACUCCAGAAUCAACCGCUCGUCGCGCACGACCGAUAUCUACGGCCAGCCAAGUGUCGAGCGUAGCCCCUUCGACACCUGCGGCGACUUCAGACGAUGGACAUUCGCAGCAUACGGAAACUGUACCGAUGACUCCUGCCUCUGUUAUCGCGAGUAGUAGGCGUAAUUCGGCUUACCUCGACGGACCCCCUGACGACUUGAAGGGGGUGUUUGUACGGAAAUACCGUUGGGGGACGAUCGAUGUGUUGAACCCUGACCACUGCGAUUUUGCAGCUUUACGAACAGCAGUGCUUUCCACUCAUUUGAAGGUGUUGAAGAUACACACUAAAGAAGUGUUAUACGAGAAGUAUAGGACAGAGAAACUCCUUGCUCGUCGUGCAACUAGUCAUAUAACUGAGAAGGAGCAAAUACGUCUGUUCGAAGAACUGGGCCUGUAG